AUGCAGAGCGAGGCGACCAUUACCUUUACGCAGCCUGGCGUGGAGCCUCCUGUGUAUGUGGUCACCUCCCUCAGCACCCCGCCAUGGGCACCUCUCGAGUUGGCACUGAAGAAGGAGAACACAUCGUCCGGGGAUCUCGUCUUCGAGCAGAAGUUUGCCAAUGUUGCCGAGGGCAGCUACCAGUACAAGAUCCGCAUUGGUGAAGGGCACUGGGUUGUCGACGAGUCCAAAGAAUCUGCUACGGACGAGCAAGGCAAUCGAAACAAUGUCGUCCACGUCAAACCUGCGCCCUCGCACGUCGGUCUCGCGCGCACGACCAACGGGAAGGAUACGCUGGAUCGCAAAGACAGUACUAUAGAUACGGGCGAUAUGGGCCCAGCGCCGAUCCCUUUUCUAGUGGUUGAGAAGGUUGAGGAUGAGGCCCAGCCAGAGUAUGGUGACGUCCAACCUAAAAGCCUCACAGUGGACGAGGGCAAGCGCGCUGCCGACCCUGAGCCAGACUUUGAAGAGACCAAGGCAAAUUCUCCCCUUGACGUCAAAACACUCGAAGCGCCAGAAGCGCCAGAAGUACCACUGGUAUUGGCCGAAAUGGCCGACGACAAGCCAGGGCACGUAUCGAGAUCAGCGGACGCGUCCCCAGAUCGCUCGCCCGAAGAACCUGACGAGCUGGAGCCUUCCGAGACAGGAGUCCCACUUUUUCGACACGAAUCCUUUCAAGACUCAGGAGAGUCCCUGCCUGAGCGUCCGUUGGAAAUAAUCGAAGAAGAGUAUGCAUGGUACUCAACCGACCACACCAGCACGGGUGAUGCUAUGAACACGCCCUCUGCUGAAUCGCAGGAUGAUCUGGAAGAUGGUGAUGAGCUGGAUCUCGUUCCUCUUCUCUCCCAUGAGACAGGUUUUGUGGGCAAGGGAAGCAAACCCAAUAAUGCACCGCUUCUCUCACAUGAGAAAGGGGCAACAGCUGAGGAGAGCGACGAAGAGGGAGAGUUCGUCCAAGGGCCUCUCCUCCCCCACGAGACCGGCUUCACUUCUCAGAAAAAAAAAGUAGACGAUGACUACGACCAAGACAAUUUCGACGCAGCGCCGCUUCUGCCACACGAGACUGGCUUCUCGUCGAGUGAGAACAGUGACGCUGCUUCUAGAAAAAGCCGUCUCAGUAGGGACGAGUACGAGUAUGAGCCAAAUCAUCACAUGCGGUACGGCGCCUACUCGAAUGACGGCAAAGUCUCCAGAGUACUGGGCCACGCCCUGACCUUUUCCCACGAACAAGACAUGUCUGCGGAAGACUACGGUACACCUCUGCUUCCGCAUGAGCGAGGCUCUGCCGCCGAAAGUUUCUCGGGAUCCGAGCGAUCUUUUAGCAUGAGUCCGACAAGAUAUGAUGCCCCAGUCUUUGGUCAGGAUAUGGACGCCGCUAAAGAAUCAUCUGCUAGUUUGCGCCAUGCUUUUUUUAGGACGCGCACCAGCAGUAGCACGCUUCCAAACAAGCUACCACAAUCAGACGCAGAGGAUAUCGAUCUCCACGAGCCGGGGCUUGAACAUUUCCCUGUCGGUCGUGACCAAAUUCUUGAGCGCGUGGCGACAAUCGGCAACAAACUACCUGAAGACGAAACACAUGGCGCGCCCGCCUCGCCACAAUCAUCGGUCCUCUCGCAAGCCUGUUCCUCGGUCGACCUCGUACCUGUCAAAUCGUACAUAUCUCUAGCAUCCGUACGCGAGGAUGAGGAAGAAGAGGACGAAGAAGAUAAUGCCGAUGUCGAAUCUCUCGGUUCUCCUAUGAUUAUGAGUCACGCGGGCCCUAGAUUUGCUCGACAGAAAGACCCGCUUGCAACACCUCAUCCUGACGACAGCAAGCAGCUUGGCCACACUUCACAAAAGAAGCCCGAGACGCAAAGCACUCACAACGUCGAGUCUAGCGAAGCCAGCAGUUUUAGUAAGACUGAUAGGUCGAAGGACAGAGGCAUGAGGGGUCUGUCUGAUAUUGUAGCUUCGAGGGCAACGGUUAAAAACACUCUGACCCCUCCGCUCACGCCGAGGACGCUCGAAGCGCCUGCUUUUCCAGAAGCAGGACUCCGGCAACGUCGAGAGGCUAGGGAAGAAACAGCUGAGGCUUCUUCGCCGAGGCCUCAGCUGGACGACAAGAAUGAACCUGUUCCUUCCGUCAAGCCGGACUUGGUGGCGUCGGCCGCUGAGCAGUUGACGCUCGAUAAGCGCUCGCUGCACAGCUGGAAAGGAGCCAGGUAA